GAAACUCCAUAGAUUUAGGGACACGAUUCCCAAAUCCAUGGUCAAAAUAUAAGGUAAUUGGACAUGAGAACAGAAACCAAAACCCUAUUUCCGUUUCGUUUUCUUUUCUUUCAAACCGGGGACUCUCAGGUGUCGUCGUCUCAGAAGUUAGGCUUGGCUGAACCGCCCACCCAGAGCCGCAAAUCGCUGAAACCCAGGAACUUCCUGAAACAGGAGCGAAAAUAGCCUCCGGCAGAAGGAUUGACGGAUCAGGCGUCAGGUCGUGAAUUAUUGCACAGGAGUACCUCUCUCCGCGUUUCCCAACUGUAACAUUCCGUUGUCACAUUUUUUUUCUGUUUUUCACGUUAUUGCCAGAAACACAGACAGUAGCUAACCUCUAACACCGGACCGGCGUAUUGUAAAAAUAAAAAAGUAAGAAUUUAUUCUGCAUGAUUGGAAUACAGACCCUCUGUAAUUUGGCGUUAAAUUCGUUUCUUGAACAUAAAUAAGCCAAGCAGAUUAUAAUGCGCCUUUAGAAAUGUCUUAAUUCUUGCUUUUAAAAUGGCUUGUUCUGUGAAAUAGGCGUAUGUAACCUUAAUUAAGAUACCCAGAAUGCAUACGUAAGUAAUGUCCUAAUAAGUGCCGGAGAACUGGAAAGUUAGGGAUGGAGGAAUGGACAGAAUGGCUGAUUUCUUGUUAUUAAAAAUCAUUUUGGUCGGAGACGCUUUGGUUGGGAAAACCUGCAUACUACAGAGAUAUGUUGAUCACAGCUUUGACCAUUCGUAUGUUUCUACUAUUGGUAUUGAUUUUAAAGUGAAGACGUUACAUGUAAAUGGCAGAUUCAUUAAGCUACAGAUCUGGGAUACAGCUGGGCAAGAACGGUUCCACACCAUUUCCACCCGGUAUUUCCGCGGAGCUCACGGUCUGCUUAUCAUCUACGACAUCACCAACGUGCAAAGCUUCGACAACGUUGUGGGAUGGACAAAAGAUGUUGAUACUAAUGCGGGAGAAAAUGUUGACAGAAUCAUUUUAGGGAACAAAUGUGACCUGGAAGAUAAGCGAGUGGUGUCGAAGGAGAAAGGACAGCAGCUGGCCUGGGAGCAUGGCAUGAAGUUCCUUGAAACAAGUGCAAAGGAAAAUAUUAAUAUUGAAAAGGCCUUUUCCAUUCUAGUAGAAGAUAUACUUAAAAAGAAUCAUUCCAACAGUCAGAGACUUGACGUGGUGAACCUUAAAAAGUCUGAAAAGAAAAGGUGUUGUAACCGCUGAGCCACGACGGUAGCUUAUUCAGAAAUCUGCAAUCCAAAAGAUGUGAACUUAAAGCCUGCUGACAUAACUUUUAUGUAAAGAAUUUUGCUCUGCGGGGAAAAAAAAUCAAUCUCCUAUUCUCUGUAAAUAGCAAUUGAGCUAAUUUUGGUCUCUAGUCAUAUCUUAUCUUAUACUAAUGUAAUACAAUUCAUCAUAUAUACAAAGAUAUUAUAUAAUCCACUGUGUGUACAGUAUGUGUAUUUCCUGAGUACAACAGAAUAUGGAAACAAACCUGUGAAGAAAUAGGUGUAGAUAGAUAUGUUUUAUUGUUUCUUGGAGAUAUGAUUAUAAUAUCUUUCGUCAGCAUUUCUUAUGGGAAAUUAUUCCAAGGAGGCCUACAUAGCUGUGAAAUGCUCAAUACAUUGCAUUUCAUAAGCUUUGAGAUUCACGGUAAUUGCAUUGUGUACUGAAGGUAAUUUUCAUGUAACUUCAGAAGAAUAAAGAGUUUGACUCUUCUGAGUGUUUAAUAAAAUAUCAACUUAUAGAUCAACUGAACUGCUUUUUAAAAAUAUGAAGGUUUAAAACUAGGAAAAGGCUUAGUGAGCAGUCUAAAUGCAUAAUAAUGUUUUGUUUGAAAGCUACUUUAUAUUACUGAAUACUGUAAUACUUUUUACUGUUCUCUAAAAAACUGAAGCAGACUUAUUCUGCUUAUAAACCAUUUAUUUUACAUGUAAUGAACAUACUGCAAAUUAAAUUCAGUACUAUACUACAUUGAAAAAUAAAUUCAAUUCAAGCUGUAUUAUCCCCUGGGGAAAAUUUGUUCUGCUGUACAGCUAACACUGGAAAACAUCACCAACAAAGAAUACAGUGUAAGAAUGUUUCAGGAGAUAAAGGAGAGAGGUAUUUUACAGUGUCAGGUAAUGCUGAGUAAAUGGUUAUUGAAAUUGAUUGUAAGACUGCAUUGGUCUGUAAAAUUCUGAAAUUGGUACAUGACUGCAAUGUCUAAUAGAGCUACAUGUACUGGAGUAGUGCACUUGCAUUCAUGUAAUACUUGCUAUACUGUGUAUUAACUGGUGAUGUCGCCAGAGUUUCAAGAAUGGUAAUCUUAAUACACCAAAAUCACCUGUGUAUACUGUAUGUAUUAGUUUUUACAGUAUGUGUCUAACAUACACAAGGUAAUUCAAGUGGAAUAAUGAAAUAUUAAACUAAAACAUAUGUGAGGAUUGGGCUAGAGAAAUGAUUAAAUCACAAAUGCUUUUAUUUA